CCCGUGUGUACUCCUCAUCACUAUAUUCGUUCGUAUACCGCUAUUUCAGUAGCAUUUACAAUGUUUCUUUUUCAGCUUAAUGCUCUGGAGAGCAUCCUUGUGUACUUCAACUGGAGCAUCACUGUCCGCCUGGUUGCCAUUAUUGCUGGGGGAUACGCGAGCUACAGGACUGCGCACGCUCUAUUUUUUUCACCACUACGCCAUAUCCCUGGCUCAUUCCUGGCCCGCCUGACACCGCUACGCUCACAGCUCAUUAAUAUAUCUGGUCGAGUUGGGCAAAUGACAAAAAAGGAGUACAGCAUGUACGGCGAUAUCUACGUCAUGGGACCGAACGCAGUUGUAAUUUCUAAUCCGGUAGAUAUUAAGGCCGUGCUUGCCUCCCAUGCCUUUGUAAAGAGCGAUUUUUACAUGGGGUUUGAUACUUUUGGAAUUGAAAACACGGUCAGCGCGCGCAACCCAAAGGUGGCUUCUAUGCGUAAGCGCCAGCUCGGGCCGUACUUCAAUCCUGCUUAUAUUUCCAGAAUGGAACAUGACAUCCUGCGCUACGGGAUUCUUGGCCUCAAGUCGAAAUGGGACAGCGAGUUGGCGCAGAGCUCGAGCGGCAGAAUCGAGAUUGAUUAUAGCCGCGACUUUACGCUCGCAACACUGGAUUCAAUCAGCGCACUGGCUUUCGGAAUAGAGCCGCGAGGGUUGAAGGAUAACGAUGCAACAGCCGCAGACCGGGUUGAGGCAGCCCUCACGAUCCACGGCAUUCAUGCAAUGAUGCCGCUGUUCAAGUUCUUUCCGUUUUCGUUGGCAACCUGGCACUGGGAGUCGCAGUAUAGGAAGCUUAUUCACCACUGCAACGAAUCUAUCGCCGCGCGUAGGAAGCAUUUGGCUGAAGGUGGCAAGAAGCCGGCGGACUUGCUGCAGGCAUUCCUUGACGCACAGGACCCUGAAUCCAAGACCCCGAUGGAUGAGAGACAGAUACACGCGUCGUCAAUUGAAGUGAUGUUGGCGGGCACUGGAACGACCUCGAACGCGCUACAGUGGGCCACGCAUCUGCUGAUGUUGCAUCCUGAGCUACGUGCUAGGGCUGUGGAUGAAGUCCGCAGCAAUUUCGCGGCAGACCAUGUCAUCACAUACGUAGAUGUCAAGAAGUCGCUGCCGUUUGUCGAAGCGUGCAUAUACGAGGCACUCCGUCUGUGUCCUGUUCCUGGCGGCAUUGUGCCUCGUGUAACUCCGCCUGGUGGAAUAACACUGCAGGGCCACUUCAUUCCUGAAGGAACCGAGGUAUGGGCCAGUUAUUCCGGUUCAAGCAUCCACAAGAGCACAUGGGAUGAGCCGUUGAAAUACGAUCCCACUAGGUUCUUGGAUAACGACAAGUCGCGGUCCAACUUUCUGACCUUCAGUUCUGGAGUCCGGAUCUGCUCUGGCCGUCAUUUGGCGUGGGCUGAGGUGUCGACUAUCCUCGCCAACAUGCUCAAGGACUACGACUUGUCCCUGCCUGAUGAUUAUACCCACCUCGGACCAAGCGUGCUGGAUGACAGUGGAUACCCGAAACUGAUGGAAUCAGUAAUUUACGCAGCCUCUACGCCAGCACAUCCCCAACGCGACUGCCGGCUGGUUCUCGCCAGACGCAUGUAGCCACCUACCAAUGCCUUAGUGGUAUAGCUGCACACCUGGAUCAGCUGCAUUCCAUGCUGAGGUCGCCCUCUGCUGCUCCCUUAUAAUCAGAUACCCUGCUGUCCACCAGCAGCCUGACAAUUUUCUUCUUCCUUCUGAGCCUUAAUCACCCUUUCCUAGAAACUUUCAAUAUACCUGUUUGUU